AUGGUGGAAAGUAAGAAUAGACCAGCUCAAUACAAGCAGUCAUCUCGUAAAGGUAAGAAAGCCUGGAGAAAGAACAUCGACAUUAGUGAUGUUGAGAAGAAGCUAGAGGAGAAGCACGAGCUUGAAACCACCCAUGGUAAGCAAACUUUAACAGAAGUGUCUGAUGAUGCUCUUUUUGCUGUCGAUACUGAUGGUGACCAGGUUUUGAAGCAAAAGUUAAUCAAACGGAAGCAGAUCAAGAAGGUAUUAAAGUCUACAGAAAUCUUAGAGUCCAUCAAGACUAAGUCCAAGGUCCCUGCUCUAACUUCUGCCAAGGUUGCGAAUAAAAAACAAGACAAGGUUCAGGGUGUUUCCAGGAAGGAAUUAGACAGAUUAUUGGCUCUUGCAGGUAAAAAACUUGGUGAAAGUAAAUUAAAAGCUAGAGUUGCCAAGGAAGGACUUGUGAAGUCCGAUACUUUUGACCUAUGGGGUGGUGAACCUAAAGAUGAGAUUGUUGUUCCUUCAGGUUUGAAACUCAAAGUUAACCCUGAAAAUAUGGAGAAGGUUCCUAAAGAAUUACUGACGCAGUCUACAACUGGAUGGUCCGUCGCCAAGGUAGCACCACCAACUAUCAAACAUUCGACUGUUUUAGUUAAGGAACGUGAAACUAUUCCACACGCCGGUAAAUCAUACAAUCCAAGCAAAGAAGAAUGGGAGUCCCUUAUUAGUACUGAGUAUGAAAGUGAGUACAAGAAUGAACAAAGGAGAAUUGCUCUUGAAAACUACAGACAAAGAAUCCAACAUUUGAUGGAAACUGCGGAUGAUAAGGAGGAAGAGGAUUCCGAAUCCGAUGAAGAAAGCGAAUCUGAAAGUGAAGAUGCAUCUGUGUCCGAAGGAGCAGAUCCAUCAACUUUAUCUCUAAACCCUGCUACCAAAAACAAGAAGAAGACAAAGUAUCAAAGAAACAAACAAAAGAGACAUGAGGAAAAGGUCAAACUACAGAAUGAGAUCAAGAAACUAAAGGAAAAGGUAAAAGAGCUAGAGAAGUUGACAGAUAUCGAAAAAGAGGUCGAAGAAAAGCUUGCUAAAUCUACAACUACUUCAAACAAGGUAAGGAAGAACAAAAAGCAUAAACUUGGUACUAAGCAUUCUGUCAUGGAGGAUAACUUGGAAGUUAAAUUUUCUGAUGAACUUUCCGACUCUUUGAGAAAGCUCAAACCAGAAGGAAACCUUCUAUAUGAUGCUGUUAGGUCUUUGCAAAGUUCCGGUAAGGUCGAAACUCGUGUCCCAGUUAGAAAGGGAAGAAGAUACAAGCAAAAGAUUACGGAAAAAUGGACCUACAAAGAUUUCAAAUAG